AUGGAUGAUCGAACGACAGGACGUGGAGGAGAAUUCUCUCUCCGUGCUAAUGUAAAAAAUGGAGAGCUUGAUAGGAACAAUUGGUAUUUUCAUGCUGAGCCCGAUUGCGGACGCACAGCGGGACGUGGUUCCGCUAGAAUUGAUGUUGAACGUAUUCAACCGCAUCCAGGAGAGGUUAUCGUUGAAAGAUAUGACCUAAACUGA